GAACGCACCACUAUAUCACCUGCAGCCAGCAGGGGUUCAAUGCAAAUGGGCGGCGUUUCAUAUUGGACAAGCAGGAACUCUCUGGCUGCCAUUCAGCUUGUAUUAUCCGGCUGUCGGUGCGGCAACGACCCCCAGCAGCAUGGCAGUGUUGACGUUUAGGUGUGAGUUCAUGUCCUGGUUUUCGGAGUACUGAGGCUUUUCUGCGUGUAGUGACUCCGGCCUGCCGUCCCGAGCGCCGCCUGCAUUGAUAGAUGCCUUGGCCAAGAUGAGCGUGAAGGCUUUUGAGCUAGUCCCCGCUGUGGAGCGAGAUCUCCUCAUGGGCGACAAAGCUCGCAUCAACAUUGAGUGCAUUGAAUGCUGUGGAAAGCACUUGUACGUGGGCACCAAUGACUGCUUCAUCCACCACUUUCUGCUGGCUGAGGUCGCCUCCUCUAAAGGGAAGCCGGGUUACUUGGCUCAGAAGUUGCUGCACAAAUACCUUGGCCUCAAGAAACCUGUUGCUGAGCUGCGGGCUGCUUCUGCUCUGGAGCGUCUCAUAGUGCUCUGUGAAGGGAUAGUGUUCCUCGUUGACAUGGUGACGCUGGAAACGGUGCCCUCGGCAGGUGGAGGUGGAGCCAAGAUCAGGGGCGUGGCAUCAUUUUGUGUUAACGAGAACCCGGUGAACGCCGAUCCGUUCUGUGUCGAAAUGGGCGUGCUAUCCUCCAAACGGCGGACAGUCCAGAUUUACAUGGUGUACGAGGACAGAGUGCAGCUGGUGAAAGAGUUGACAACGCCCGAGCAGCCCUGUGCUGUCAGUCUUGACGGUUACUUCUUGUGCCUGGCUCUUACCACACAGUAUAUGAUCCUGAACUACAACACGGGAGCCUCCCAAGACCUCUUCCCUUACAACAGCGAGGAGAGGACACCCAUUGUAAAGAGAAUUGGCAGGGAGGAGUUUCUCUUAGCAGCACCUGGUGGUCUGGGAAUGUUUGCCAAUGCAGAGGGUGUAUCUCAGCGAGCUCCGGUCAGGUGGUCAGAGAGCGUGAUUGGUGCUGCUGUGUGUUUUCCAUACGUGGUGGCGUUGGACGAGAGCUUCAUCACCAUCCACAGCAUGUUGGACCAACAACUUAAACAGACCCUUUCAUUCAGGGAUGGCCAUAUUUUGCAAAACUUUGAAGGGAAGGUCAUUCUGGCUUCUACUAAGGCCGUGUACGUCUUAGUACCUCUGCCGCUAGAAAGACAGAUUCAAGACUUGCUGGCCAAUCACAGAGUGGAGGAGGCGCUCAUUCUCACAGAGGGAGCGCAGAGAAAUAUCCCCAAAGACAAGUUCCAGAAUUUGCACAAACGAAUCCUCCAGCAGGCCGGAUUCAUACAGUUUGGCCAGCUUCAGUUUCUGGAAGCGAAAGAACACUUCCGGAAGGGUCAGCUGGAUGUGCGGGAGCUGAUAUCUCUCUGCCCGUUACUGCUACCAGCUUCCUCUUCAUUCACGCGGUGCCACCCUCCUCUCCACGAGUUUGCAGAUCUCAAUCAUCUGGCACAGGGUGACCAGGAGAAAGUGUUGCGAUGCAAGAAGUUCCUCAUAAGUUAUUUAGGAGAGGUACGAAGCACAGAGGUGGUGAACGGCUGUAGAGAAGAUGUGGACACUGCACUGUUAAAGCUGUAUGCCGAACAGGACCACGACAGCCUUUUAGACCUCCUGGCUUCAGACAAUGCCUGCGUGCUAGCAGACAGUGUCCCAUGGCUGGAGAAAUAUCACAAAUAUUUUGCGCUGGGACUGCUCUAUCAUUAUAAUGGCCAGGAUUCAGCAGCACUUCAGUUGUGGAUUCGUGUGGCAGAUGGGGAGCUGCAAGACCCUACUAGAUCUGAUCUUUUUGAGUACAUUGUGGACUUUCUCUGCACCUCCUCUAAUGUGGACCUUGUAUGGAAGUAUGCAGACUGGGCCCUACGGAAGGAUCCCAUCAUAGGUGUCCACAUCUUCACUAAGAGGCAUACCAGUAAAGACCAGCCGGAAUUGAACCCUGAUGAUGUCAUCACUUACCUGGGAAAGCACAACCAGGCACUUCUGCUCUACUUGGAGAACCUGGUGCUGGAGAAAAGGGUGCAGAAGGAGAAGUUCCACACACAUCUAGCUGUGUUGUACUUGGAGAGGGUGUUCUCUUUGAUGUCACAGUCUCCAAAAGAUGAGGAACAGCUGACCAAAGCUAGGGAAAGGCUUCAAGCCCUGCUCAGGGAGUCCGACCUAUACCGUGUACAGUUUCUUUUAGCUAAAAUGGAGAACUGUGAAGAACUGCUGCUAGAGCGUGCAACACUACAUGGAAAACUAGAGGAGCAUGACAAAGCGCUGCACAUUCUGGUGCACCAGCUCAGAGACUUCCCGUCUGCCGAGGCCUUCUGCAUAUGGGCCUCUUCUAGUAGAGAUUCGGCGUACCGACAGCAGCUCUUUCACCUGCUGCUGGGGGUGUAUUUGGAUGGGAGCCCUCCUGGGCAAUUGGGAGACAGCGGAGCGCUGGAGAUGGCGGCAGUGGACCUCCUAAAUCAGCACGGGGAGGUGUUUGACGCGGUCCGUGUCCUGCGAAUGCUGCCAGAAGGCUGGUCACUUCAGCUGCUGCGUCCCUUUCUGGGUCGAGCCAUCAGGGCCAGCAUGCACGCCUGCCGCACGUCCAGGAUCGCUUUAGGGCUCGCACACUCUGAAAACCUUCAACUGCUGCAUGAUAGGUUGAAAGAGUGUAAGAGACCCGUCUUUGUGUCUGAAAAGAAGGGAUGCCACCUGUGCCACAACACCUUCAGCGAGCCCAGCGUGGUGUGUCUGCCCGGUGGAGUGCCUGUCCACACCCACUGUGUUGCCCAGAGAGUAAGAGACUCUCCCACAAAGAGACAGUUGACUAAUAGCAGUAAACACACGUGAGACUUAACCCUUUUUAAGAAACCUCAUGGCUUGGGAUGAGAGGCAGCAAACUAUAGCAGGAUGCGCUGAGAUUUUCAAUGGCUGAGGACUGUGGGGAUGACAAAAGCACAGAGCCCCAGUUCCCCUAGUGGGCUCUGCAGCUGUGGAGUUAACAAGACACACAAAGAAGGCUGGGCGACUGUGUGGGGGACUCGAGCGCCGCAGUUGUACUGCACUUUCAGACUUACAGUUUGAUUUCUGUUCCAUUCUGUGGCCGUCCUGUCUUUGUUUUUUCUUCUUUUUUUUAAAAUCCUAAAUUCAAGAAACUGCUUGAACUACAGAACAUAAUAUUUGAAUCUCAUUGCAUAUAUUUCUGAAGCAUGAACAGUCUUACACUUUUGGGUCUAAUCGGCUCCAUAUGGGUAUUGUAUUAAUACUGUUCUAACCUGUCUUAACUCGCACAUUACAGAGUUGGGUUGUAAUGUGAAUACUACAAAGGCUCAUCAGUACUGAUGGAAAAAGUCUGUUUUUCUUUUUCUUUUUUUGUAUGUCUUUGACUCUUUGUUCUGGUCUCAAAGCUGCUUUUCCUCCACCCACAAUGAUGUUGUAUUAGUUGGUAACUGACAAGCAGCAAUUUGAUCCAAACCCACUAAAUGAUUGUCAUAGCAAGGUUUAAACAAAUAAACACCAACCUUUUGUGGAGCAGCAACAACAUAAAAUGUCAAAAUAACAGUGCUUCACUUAUGAAUAAGUGUAAUUGGACAUUUAUUAGACUAUACACAUCACAUUGACCUUCUACAAGUUGCACAAAUGAGAUGAAUCCUUAAUGAUGUGACAGUUAAUCUUACAGCGUAACUGAAAUGAACCUGCAUACAUUUUGUCUGGUUUCAAGCAACAAAUAAAUAAAAUUUCCAUUGCCCCAAGCAUGCAUGCAUACAUUUUGUUUGUUUGAACAGGCCACUCAUACUGUUAGAUAUCCUAAUGUAUGCAUGUACGCAAUACUGAGCAAAACAUUUAAGUUGAAGUAUAGGCUAUUUGUUUAAAAUUUGUGUACAAGAUCAAUCAUGUAGAACAACAGGCCACGAACUACAACUCUCUCCAUUGAAAGUGCAAAGUGCACCCGUCUCAUUUCUGUGAUUCAAAGAGCCUGUAAAAUUCUCAGCUUUCUCAGUUUUGGAUUUGCAUUUAAUGCAACAAGUGUUAAAACUGCCCGCAGUGAACGUGACAACAAAGAUUGUGAGACUUCAUAAAAAUGGCAGUGUGGCCAAGAGCAUCAGUAGUAUGCAAUGACAUUUAAGGUGAAACGCUUGAGGAAAAAAUGAACCGUGCACAAAAUAAACUGAUGGGUAAGUGGGUGAAAGAUCCUGCAUGAAGUCAAUUAACAGUGUCUGUUCUUCACACACCUGUGACAUCGUAACAGGAAAAGUAGUCAAGUUAGUUAUGGCAUCAUAGUCUUUGGUCUAUGAGAAUGAGGUGGACAUGCAAAGACAGGCUCCAAACAUAAGUGUAAUAUUCUUUUGUUAUGAAAAUAUAACAAAGGAAUAUUACACUUAUGUUUGUCUUUGCAAGUUGCCUAACCUGUUUAAAUGUUUUAAAGAUCACAUACGUCCCACUAAUACGUUCUUUUUAAAAAGAUCAUUAUUUCACUGAGGUUUUGUGUAUUCAUUUGAAUCCUUUCAGCAAAACACGUUUCAGAGGAAAAUGUGUGUGUGCGGGAUGUG